AUGUCGACGCUGAUAAAGAUAUCAGGGUCAUUUGGCCAGCCCGACGAUGCUGCUACUACAAAGACUGACGUGUCUGCCUCACAAAAUGCCGAAGGUGAUCCGCACCUCGUCAUCCUCGAGCCAGAGGAUAAUCCGCAAAACAUAUCCUUACUCAGACGGUGGCUUGCGAUCCUGAUUAUCAGUUCUGCCUCUCUGUGCGCUGCGUUCACAGAACAGGGUUCCGCCCAAACAUUCCAUGUCUCACAUGAGGUGACCAUUCUCGGAAUUAGCCUAUAUGUUACAGGUCUCGGAAUUGGACCGCUCCUCGUUGGCCCGUUGUCUGAAGUGUACGGCAGAAACGUCGUUUACCAAGCAUCUUAUGUAUUAUUUUUUAUCUUUACAUUCCCCGUAGUGUUUGCUCCCAACAUCGCUGUUUUCUUCGUCUUUCGCCUUAUCACUGGAUUCUGCGGAUCAGCCUUUUUGAGUGUAGCCGGAGGUAGUGUAAGCGAUAUGUUCCCAAAUUCGAGUAUCGCAAGUCCAAUGGCCGUGUAUACUUUAUCUCCAUUUAUCGGACCUGUGGCUGGUCCCUUGAUUGCUGGAUUCAUCAAUCAACACCUGUACUGGGAAUGGACGUAUCGGGUGCAGUUGUGCUGGAUUUUCGUAGAGUUUCUGAUGUUGGCUAUAUUUGUUCCUGAGACCUACGUUCCGGUGAUCCUGAAGAAGAAGGCAAGAAGACUGCGGGAAUCGACUGGAGACCCAAAGAUUUAUGCUCCUUUGGAUAGACGGGAAGGUACCCUUGUUUCUGCUAUCCUCGUCAGCUGCUACAAACCGUUUCAAUUACUUCUAUUCGACCGGAUGGCACUGCUUUUAGACUCCUGGAAUGCCCUUAUUCUUGGAAUCCUAUACUUGGCAUUUCAAGCAUACCCCAUUAUUUUUGAAGAUGUUCAUGGAUUUAAUAUGCAAACAACUGGACUAGCACUAUAUGCCAGCGAAACCGCCAAACACAAUGGUAAUCCGCCUCCUGAGAUGAGGCUUAUCAUGGGUCAAGUAGGAGCGAUACUUGUGCCAGUGGGUUUGUUCUGGCUCGCGUUCACCACAUAUCCACAAGUCCACUGGAUUGCCCCAAUUAUCGCGUCUGUACCCUUUGGCUCCGGGAUAUAUUUUGUUUUCACGUCAACGUUCACCUACCUUGUCACCGCAUACCGCCCAAUCGCUGCCUCUGCCAUGGCAAGUAAUAGUGCAUUGCGCUCAGCAUUUGCCGCUGCAUUUCCGCUAUUCGCGGGAGCAAUGUACGAUAGACUUGGGACUGUUGGCGCUACUGCUCUUCUAGCCGGCCUCGCAACAAUCAUGGCGCCAUUACCUUUCAUAUUUUACCGAAUUGGCGCGCGUUUGCGGAAGAAUUCGCGUUUCGCAGCACAUUGA